AUGCCGCCGCGGACUUGCGCCCUCUGCAACGACGCCCGUGCCAUCCUCAAGCGUCCAAAAACCGGCCAGCAAAUAUGCAAGGACUGCUUUUUCUGGGUAUUCGAAACAGAGGUGCACAACACAAUUGUAGAGGCCGGCCUCUUCAAACCUGGCGAUCGGGUAGCCAUCGGUGCAUCCGGAGGCAAAGAUUCGACCGUGCUUGCCCAUGUUAUGAAGACUUUGAAUGACCGCUACGACUAUGGUCUCGAGCUGUUCCUCCUAUCUAUUGACGAGGGCAUCACAGGCUAUCGCGAUGACUCAUUGGAGACAGUAAAGCGGAAUCAGCAGCAGUACGAUAUGCCACUAAAGAUUCUGUCGUAUGACGAAAUUUUUGGCUGGACGAUGGACGCAAUUGUCUCGCAAGUCGGCAAGAAGAAUAACUGCACCUUCUGUGGAGUCUUCCGUCGGCAAGCAUUAGACAGGGGCGCUGCAUCCUUGCACGUCGACCACAUUGUCACUGGACAUAAUGCUGAUGACAUUGCCGAAACUGUCCUCAUGAACAUCAUGCGAGGCGAUAUUGCCCGACUUGGUCGCUGUACAAUGAUAUGUACGCAGGGUGAGGAUACCAUCAAAAGGUCGAAGCCAUUCAAGUAUGCGUAUGAGAAGGAGAUCGUGAUGUAUGCUUACUUCAAGAAGCUCGACUAUUUUUCAACGGAGUGCAUUUAUUCGCCCGACGCAUAUCGGGGACACGCGCGAGCGUUUCUCAAGGAUCUUGAGGCCGCCCGGCCGAGCGCCAUCAUCGAUAUCAUACAUUCGGGAGAAGCCUUCGAGGUCAGGGAGGAAGUGAAAGCUACGCAAAAAUCACAACAAACGUGCAAGCGAUGUGGAUACAUGUCUAGCAACGAUUUGUGCAAGGCAUGUACGUUGUUGGAGGGUCUGGAGCGAGGCAUGGCACAGGCGGCAAUCACGGACCGCGCACGGAAGAGGCUGGAUGCGGAAGGCCCCGCUCCCGAUAAUCUGCGGACAAUUCCCUUCUUCCAGAAUUCCACAACACCAGGUACAAGCACACCAGUAGCGUUGGAGACCCCGUCGUAA